GUACACCUUCAUCUUCAUGCUUUUUGCUCACUAGCUUGCUUUUUCCUCUACUAAUGAAAACUGACUCCAAUAAGUUACUUGAGUUUGUACGUUGAUGCAAAUAUGAGUACUUUCUUGCUUGGAACCCAUAAAUCUUUCCUAGUUGUGAUUUUCUUCACUCUUUUUUCUAUUAGUUGGAGCCUUAGGGUGAUCCCAAAUCAUGCUAAGUUGGUCAGCUUGCAAGAAGAUAAAGUAGCAGAUAAGAAGGAAGACAACAUGGGAAUGGAACUCUACCCAACUGGCUCCACUAUACCAGAUUGUUCCCAUGCAUGUGGACCAUGUUACCCUUGCAAGAGGGUCAUGGUCAGUUUCAAGUGCUCCAUUGCAGAGUCAUGUCCCAUUGUAUACCGAUGCAUUUGCAAAGGGAAAUACUACCAUGUUCCCUCCAAUUGAAGAUCACAAACUUUUUUUCAUUUAUUUAGUUAGUUAGGAACAUUGUUGUAAUUCUUAAGAUGAUGAUGUAGUUGGGUAGGAGAUUUGAAAAGCAAGCAUAGUGAUACUUUUUGUAGCUUGUGCGUUUGAUUUGAUUUGACCCUGUUGUUUAACAACAAAACAGUGAGCUUAAGAUGAUGAAACAUUUAUUUUAUUUA